UGUUUUUAAAUUUUUUCCUGUUUCACCGGGUAGAACUGUUUGUUUUGUGACGCUAGCUUCGUGUAAUUAGUCUCCUCAGCGAAGUAAUAUCUAUUAGCACACUACAAGAGCGAGGAGUCGUUCGAUUUAAAGGUUGAAAUCCCUUUAUGGAUAAAGGGACAACAAGAUGGAAAACGUCGGGGUUAAGGCUCUUCUUUGCUGGGUCAACAGUGUCCAACUGUCAGACAGAGAGAUAAACAUCGACGAUUUACAGGAUCUGAUUAUCAUAGAAAAACUCAUUUAUAAGCUGAGAAAAGAACCGAACUUCACUCCCAGCAAUUCCUUUGAGGAUCGGUUCAGACUCAUUACAGAGUUUUUAGAAAGGGAUUGUAGAUUUAGUCAAACUGCAGGCACAUUUGUAUCUUGGGGCAGCAUACAAGAUGGAAAGAAAGUAACUAUAGAAAUUGCAAAGGUGCUUUUGCUCCUUGUCUACCAUGACAUGAUGAAUGACCGCUGCACUAUCAACAUGUUGGAUUGUGAAGUAGAGCGGGAACUGGCAAACCUCACUUGUUCCUUUGUGAUGGAGAGUGAUGGCUGUGUGUAUCUGAAAAACAGACUUGACACCUACUUGGCAAAGAGACACACUGCAAACUUCAUCUCAGGUUUGUCCAUCUCACGUGAGGUCUUUGAGGAACCAGAAACCAUGUCUACCUCCAACGUGUCAACUAUUUCCUCGCUCUCCGAUGAUAGUUCCCCCGUCUUUCAUCGCACUCAGAAAAUCAGAUUUUUGAAUAUGGAAACCGUGGCAUCUUCCUCUUGCAGCCAGUCUCCUUUGGCAGAGGUCAUGAAUACACCAAAAUUUCAGAUGAGGAAAAUGGAAAGACAGAUGAUCAAGGAGAGAGAAUACAGAGACAAUUUGGAAAGGGAGUUGGCCAACACUGUUGGAUGCAUUGCACAGAAAGAAUCUUACAUCAGUCAGCUGCAGUACCGUCUAGACAAACUGAAAGAAGAUCAAGACAAUCAAGAGCAGGCUAUCCGAGAACAGAUCGAUGAGCUUGAGACCAAGAACAACAUGUUGCAAGUACGUCUUGAUGAGAUGUUGAAGCAAAAUAAAGAGCUCAAGACUACCUCUUCGCAUAUGGAGCGAAAAGUUGAUGAGUUAACAGAUGAAAAUGGUGCACUCUCCUCUCAGGUGAGAGCAGUGUGUUCGCAGCUUGCCAUCUUCGAGGCAGAAGUUGGUAGACUGACAGAAGCUCACGCUUCUGCUGAGAGGGAGUGGAAAAGUAAAAGUAGCCAUCUACAGUCUGAACUCAACCAAGCAACAAACCAAAAGGAGUUCCUAGCUGAACAAAUUCAAAUCCUCCAAGGAAAGAUUUCCUGUUUAGAAACUGAGAUAAGCAGGGCGGCAAGGGAGGAAGUAGGAGAAAACAUGGGCCCUGUAAUGGAGAGAGAAGAACUGGAGACUGAAAUCAGUGAUCUAAAGAACGAGCUGGAGAGCAAACUUUGCUCCCUGAAAGAGGCAGAAAUGGAGAUUCAAACCAAAACUCAAAAGUUGGUUGAGAAUGAACAAGAAAUAACCCAACAUCAAGAACUCCUAAAACAGCAGAAAGCCCAAUUCAAAGAAAUGAUUCGAGUCAAGGACGAAAUUUUAGACAAGCUGCAAAACGAUAUAACUGAACAAAGAGCGUUUUUUCAACAAGAGAUCCGAGAGCUGGAGCUUCAGCUUAAGCAAGUUGAGCAGCAGAAAUCUGAGCAGGUGGCCAGACUACAACAAAAUAUCACAGCUUGCGAGCAAGAAAUUGAAACACUUAAGAAGAAUAAGAAAGAGAAAGAAGACCUUCUACAUCAGGCAGAAGAAAAAGUGAAGGUGCUUGAGACAAAACUAUCUGCUGUUACUUCUUUAUUAACUGAUAAAGAGCAAGAAAUUAAUGGUCUCAGAGAGGAAGUAGACAUGCUUACAGAUGUAACUAAACAAGCAAAAGAUGAUAUUCAAGCCAAAGAGGAAGCAAUGGCUAAGUUAGUUCUAAAUAACUGUAACGAACAAGAAGUUCUUCAUUCUAAAAUCCGGACCUUAACAGUGAGUGUUGAUGAUCUUACCUCAUCUCUAAAACAGGCUGAGCAGGAAAUUCAACUGAAGCAAGACCUACUGGCUAAAACCCAACAAACGAAUAUCCAACAAAGGAGUUUACUUCAAGAGCAGAUUUCAAGCUUUGAGAAUGAGGUACAGAAACUUAAUGCAGAGAUACUGGAGAGAAACGAGCAGCUGGUUAUGUUACAGAAUACCAGCUCUCAACAGUGCAAAUCUCUUGAGCAAGAGAUCAGUGGCCUAAAAGACCAACUAGAAAGUCUGAAUGAUUCUUUCAAGAAGGCUGAGGAUAAAGUUCAGGCUCAGCAGGCUUUGCUUACAAAACAUGAGCAAGAAAGUGAUUAUCAAGCAGAACUUCUGCAACAACAACUGUCUGCCUCCGAAGAGGAGGUAAAGAACUUGAAAGAGGAAAUCCAGGCAAAAGAGAAACAUAUGAAGUUGUUGAAAAGUCAGAGUUCAGAGCAAGAAAAAUUUCUACAUCAACAGAUUGAAGAUUUAAAGAAACAAGUUGAGUGUGUUACAUUAUCAAUGAGGGUUGUAGAGGAAAAUCUGCAGACCAAGGAUAAUCUGUUGGCAGAGCAGCAGCUACAGAGCACUCGGCAUGUGGAGGCCCUCCAGAUGGAGUUGGCAACAUCUCGAGAUGAAGUGAAGAAACUAAAUGCAGCGAUAAAUGCCAAGGAGGAGCAGUUAAUACAGCUGAAAACAGAAACUUCUACACACUCCGAAUUGCUUCAGCUGGAGAUCGAAGCUCUUAAUGAACAAAUAAAAAGCAUGAGCAGUACUCUGGAGAUGGCCAAGGAGGAGGUUAAAGCCAAAGAAGACCUGAUGACCAAGCAGGAACAGGAUAAUGUGUUUCAGAUCGAGGAACUUCGAACGCACAGUGCAGCUCUUGACGAGGAGAUUAAUUGUCUGAAGCAAGAAAUCAAAGCUAAAGAGGAUGAAGUAGAUGAGUUAAAGUCCGAGAGCUGCAAGCAGUCAGAGGUCCUGCAGAAUGAGAUCCAAACUCUCAAGGAUCAAGUACAACAUUUAAAUGAUUCAUUAAAGGCCGCAACAGAACAGGUUCAAGCUAAAGAAAACCUGCUUGCUCACAAAGAAGUGGAAAUUUGUCAGGAAAGGUAUUCCUUUCAAGACAUGCUUACAACUUCUGAAGCAGAGAUAAGAAAACUCAGGGAAGAGAUCCAGUUUAAAGAGGAGCAGCUGGUCACAGUUAAAGAAGAAGGAUCCACACAGUCUGACUGGCUACACCAAGAGAUCAACAGUCUAAAGAAGCAGCUGGGUGAUAUGGGCGACUCUCUCAAAAACACAGAGGAAAAACUUCAGACUCAGGUAGUUCUUCUUAACAAGCAGGAACAGGACAGUGCUCACCAGAAAGAGCUACUACAGCAACAGCUGUCUGUGUUUGAAAAGGAAGUAAAGAACUUGAAACAUGAGAUUCAGACUAAAGAGGAGCAAGUGAGUCUGCUGGAAAAUAAAAAAUCAGAGGACGCAGAACUUUUACAGCAAGAGAUUCAUGGUUUAAAGAAGCAAAUUGAGUGUCUUACAUCUUCACUGAGGACGGCUGAGGAGAAUCUGCAAUCCAAAGAUAAUCUGUUAGGAGAGCAGAAGCUACAGAGUACUCAGCUUAGGGAGGCACUCCAGAUGCACAUGCAAGCAUCUGAAGAUGAAAAUAAAAAGCUAAAUGCAGAAAUUAAUGCUAAGGAUGAGAAGUUUGUUCAGCUGCAGACUGACAGCUCUACACACACUGAAGUGCUGCAGCAGGAGAUUGAAACUCUGAACAGCCUAUUAAAAACGGUUACCAGUUCUCUUGAGAUUGCCAAAGACCAGGUUAAAGACAAAGAAGAUCUGAUGGCCAAGCAGGAACAGGAGAGCAUGUUUCAGAUUGAGGAACAUGGAAAGCACAGUGCAGCUCUUGAGGAGGAGGUGAAUCGGUUGAAGCAGGACAUUCAAACUAAAGAGGCUGAGGUUGAUGAGUUAAAAGCAGAGAGCUGCAAGGAGUCGGAGGUCCUACAGAAAGAAAUCCAAACUCUGAGGGAUCAAGUAAAAUGUUUGAACGAGUCCCUUAAAACUUUAACAGAGCAGGUCCAGGCUAAAGAAAACCUACUGGCUCAGAGGGAAAUGGAGAUAUGUCAGGAAAAGGAUACAUUUAAAAAUAUCAUCGCAACCUCUGAACAAGAGAUGAAUAAACUAAAGGCAGAGAUCCAAAUUAAAGAGGAACGACUAGUCGCCCUCCGAGAAGAAGGAUCCAUACAGUCUGACACGCUACAGCAAGAGAUCAGCAACCUAAAGAAGCAGCUGGAUGAUAUGAGCGACUCUCUCAAAAACACAGAGGAAAAACUUCAGACUCAGGUAGUUCUUUUUAACAAGCAGGAACAGGACAGUGCUCACCAGAAAGAGCUACUACAGCAACAGCUGUCUGUGUUUGAAAAGGAAGUAAAGAAUUUGAAACAUGAGAUUCAGACUAAAGAGGAGCAAGUGAGUCUGCUGGAAAAUCAAAAAUCACAGGAAGCAGAACUUUUACAGCAAGAGAUUCACGGUUUAAAGAAGCAAGUUGAGUGUCUUACAUCUUCACUGAGGACAGCUGAGGAGAAUCUGCACUCCAAAGAUAAUCUGUUAGGAGAGCAGAAGCUACAGAGUACUCAGCUUAGGGAGGCACUCCAGAUGCACAUGCAAGCAUCUGAAGAUGAAAUAAAAAAGCUAAAUGCAGAAAUUAAUGCUAAGGAUGAGAAGUUUGUUAAGCUGCAGACUGACAGCUCUACACACACUGAAGUGCUGCAGCAGGAGAUUGAAACUCUGAACAGCCUAUUAAAAACGGUUACCAGUUCUCUUGAGAUUGCCAAAGACCAGGUUAAAGACAAAGAAGAUCUGAUGGCCAAGCAGGAACAGGAGAGCAUGUUUCAGAUUGAAGAACAUGGAAAGCACAGUGCAGCUCUUGAGGAGGAGGUGAAUCGGUUGAAGCAGGACAUUCAAACUAAAGAGGCUGAGGUUGAUGAGUUAAAAGCUGAGAGCUGCAAGGAGUCGGAGGUCCUACAGAAAGAAAUCCAAACUCUGAGGGAUCAAGUAAAAUGUUUGAACGAGUCCCUUAAAACUUUAACAGAGCAGGUCCAGGCUAAAGAAAACCUACUGGCUCAGAGGGAAAUGGAGAUAUGUCAGGAAAAGGAUACAUUUAAAAAUAUCAUCUCAACCUCUGAACAAGAGAUGAAAAAACUAAAGGCAGAGAUCCAAAUUAAAGAGGAACGACUAGUCGCCCUCCGAGAAGAGGGAUCCAUACAGUCUGACACGCUACAGCAAGAGAUCAGCAGCCUAAAGAAGCAGCUGGGUGAUAUGAGUGACUCUCUCAAAAAGUCAGAGGAGAAAGUUCAGAUUCAGGUAGUUCUGCUAAACAAACAGGAACAGGACAGUGCUCACCAGAAGCAGCUUCUGCAGCAACAGCUGUCUGCUUCUGAGGAAGAAGUGAGGCAGGUGAAAGCUGAGAUUCAAGCCAAAGAAGAACAAAUACUCCUACUGAAGAAUGAUGCCUCAGAAAAGGUGAAUUUGCUAAAUCAAGGGAUACAAAGUUUAAAUAAACAGGUUGAGAUUCUUGAGUCUUCCCUGAAAAAAGCUGAGGAAGAUGUGCAGUCCAAGGAAGCUCUGUUGUCUCAGCAACAGCAAGAAAAUACUCAACACAGGCGGGAACUACAAAGCCUACAAGAAAAAGUCCAACAAGUGGAAAUUCUGCAGAAACAGGUUUAUUCCAGUGAAGAAGAAAUUCAAAAGCUAAAAACAUCUCAGACUGAGAAAGAAAAUCUCCUCAUUGAAGCUGAAGAAAAGCUUCAGAACCUUCAGACACAGUUGUCAGAUGUUAAGACAGUCAUCUCUGAAAAAGACCAAACUCUGAUGGGGUUUAAAGAAGAAGCCGCUACCCAAGUUAACUUGGCUCAAAUAUUAAAAGAGGAGGCUGAGGGCGCUAAGAAAACCUUGGCUGAGAUAAAGGAGGAGAGCUCCAAGCAGGAAAGUCUUCUUCAGCAUGAGAUUCAGAAACUAAAAGCUGAAGUGGAAACCAUUUCUCAAAGACUUCUAUCUAAAGAGCAGAAGUUAAUGGAUACUCAGCAGGAGUCUGCUCAACAGAUAAACCUCCUUCAGCAGCAGCUCCUAACAGUCAGUGCAGAGCUGAACCAACACAAAGAGAUGUUAGCUGCAGACCUCAAAUUGAAAGAGGCUUUGCAAGAGUUACAGGUUACCACACUAAAAGAGAAGGAAGUUUUCAUUCAGGAAAAAGAAGUCCUCAUGGCCAGGAUCCUGCAGUCAGCUAAGGAUCAGAAAGCUUUGGAGAAACAUGUCAAAGCCAUUGCCCUUGAAAAGGAGAGACUUGCUCAAGCCAAUCAAGCCAUAGAGAGAGAGAACAUAGCCUCUCGCAAGCUGGAAUCUGUGCUGCAACAGGAGUUGGAAAUACUAAAACUGGAGAAAGAGAAGCUGUUAAAAGAGAGGGAAAAAGCAGAAGAGAUUGAGCUGAUGAAGAGGGAUCUGCAGGAACAGCUUGCAGCCAAAGUCGAGGCUGCAGAACACUACAAGACUCAGAUGGAGAAAGCUGCAAGUCAUUACAACAGCAAGAAGCAGCUUCUCCAGAAAAGUCAAGAGGAAACGAUGGAGCUCAAACAAUCCUUAGAGGUUAGAGACCAAGAAGUGAAGACUAUUACCAUGGAAAAAAAGUUGCUUCAACUUGAUUUGGACAAGGCUCAAGCCAACGAGAAGAAGCUUUUGAGCAAGGUGGCCAGCUUGGAAGCACAGCUGACUUAUGCAGACCAAACCCUGCGAGCACAGAAUAAGAUUCAUGGCAUUGGAGGCAGUACAACAGAGCCAUGUUACUUGGAGGUUCCCCGCACAAACUCAGGUGUUUUCACUAGAGCUCAGGUGAAGAAGUCAAUGAGCUCUGACAGCCUGGAUCAAAGCUCUCUGGAAGACUCUCUAAACUCUACAAGGAAACUGUCAGCACCCGAUGAGUCAAGCACACCGCUUGUUCGCAGCUCAGAGCGUUUGGCAGCCAAACGUCGGGGUCUACAGGCCGAGUCACUGGAAACCUUGUACUUUACACCCAUUAACACCAGACAGAUUAAAAGGGCCAACGAGUAUGAUCUGGAGCUGGACCCGGCCUGGAAAAAUCCAACAUCGUCUGUCAAACGACGCAGAACCACACAGGUUAUAAAUAUCACUAUGACCAAGAAAGACUGCAGUGAAGGCAAUGAGACUUUCUACAGCCUGGCUCCAGCUUGCUCCCAACCAAACCUCUCCAGUGCUCACUCUGCACGACCCGUAUCUAUGGAGCUGUUUAAUACACCUGCUGGAAAGACCGGUGCUGCCAGCGACCAACUCAUUGGUCUUCCAGGAUAUAGACGGAGCACAGCCCACUCACAGACCACGAGCACCUUCUGUGUGGGAGCAGAGAAUGAACCUGACGGUGGAUCUGAAGACUGGCUGAGGAUUGCAGAGCUCCAGGCCAGGAACAAGGCCUGUCUUCCUCAUCUGAAGAGCAGCUACCCUUUGGAGUCUGAGUAUGGCCGUAGUGGUCCAUUUAUUUUCACAGAUGAAGAGCUACGAAAUGGGGACCCAUCGGACACUAUCCGGCGGGCUUCUAUGAUGCCAGGCCAGCUGCAAGACUCCCUUGUCUCCCAUCGCCAUUCACUCAUGUUGGGUCAGGCUGGUGUGUCUGCAGUUGGGACUCGUCCUCACCGUCUGUCUUUGAUGCCUGAUAAGCUGCCAUCAAAAGCAGCUAGUUCCACUCAUCUGAAGAGCCCGAAAAUGUCUUUACAUCAGAUAUCCCCACAGAAAAAGACAAGGGCAAGCUGCUUCCCUCGUCCACUCACUCCCAAAAACAAGAAUGUGAGCAGUGGACCUUCCAACAUUCAGCCUCAACCCUUCCUCAGUCCUGCUGAAAGGAGGCAGUCUAUGAUGUUCACGAUUGACAACACCCCUAAAAGCAAUAGCUACUUAAAGAAAGGGCUGAACAAACUGCGCAGCUCCACCAGGAAAUCCCCAGGGAAAAGUUCAAAGAAGUCACCUGCACAGACAACUGCCCGUAAGGGCCAGGAGAACACGGCUUCAGUUAAUUCCCGAGCUGAAGUGAGACGAGCUGGCAAAAUUGGCAACUUUAAGUCACCCCAGGUAGCAACCAAAGGCCUGAAGAAAUCUCAGGUCACCAGCAGGUCUGCUAAGUCUCCUGGGCUGACGGCUAGUGCUCGAAAGGUGUCUAUAAAAGAUCACAAUCUUGCUGGAAGUCCAUAAAGAUGAUGAGCAGAAUGAAGGUUUGAGGACUGGUUCCCAGGUCGAAGUUAUGAUCAUCUGUAAUUUUAUAAUCUCUGCUUUUUCUGCUUCUUCUUCCUACUGAUAAUCUGACUUUUAUUGUUGUUCAUCGAGACUUUUAUUUUAUUACAAUCUGCCUUUAUUUCUUCUGUAUUAUAUUUUCACAUCUGUUAAUAAGAAUAAAAAUUUAAAAUAC